AUGCUAUCAGGCCUAAGUGGAAAGUUGGCUCUGGUUGCUGGUGCAGGAAGUGGUAUCGGUAAAACUGUAGCUCUCAAACUAGCAGCUCACAACUGUAAAGUCGGACUAUUUGAUCUCAACGAAGAAGGUCUUGAGAAAACCAAAUCAGAGAUAUGUAGCACUGGUGGAUUGUGCGCAUCAUUUGUAGGUGACAUCUCCAAGCGGGAGCACGUGCAGUGUGCUGUUGAUAAUGCUUCAUCUCACUUCGAUACAACCCCUACUAUUGGCAUCAACUGUGCUGGGAUAACCCGCGAUGCAAUGCUUCUGAAGAUGACAGAUGAACAGUGGGACAGUAUAAUGUCAUGUCACCUGACUGGAACAUUCCUCUUUACGCAGAUCAUGGCUAGACAGAUGGUCAAAGCAAAAGCACAUGGCAGUAUCGUAAAUACUGGUAGUAUAUCAGGUAAGAUAGGGAACGCAGGACAAGCUAACUACAGUGCAGCAAAGGCCGGUAUCAUCGCUUUCUCUAAAACAACUGCUAGGGAACUUGGUCCAAAAGGCAUACGUUGUAAUACGAUAGUUCCUGGCUUUAUCAGCACUCCCAUGGCUGAUGCUAUUCCUCCACACAUAAAACAAAUGGUUCUCAUGAUGACCCCGAUGGGUCGGUUUGGGGAAACAGCAGAGAUUGCUGACCUCUACUGUUUUCUAGCUUCGGAAAACAGCACUUUUAUUACUGGUGUUGAUAUUGAGGUUGCUGGUGGACUUGCUAUGUGAUAAUAUUAUAUCUGUUUGUUGUACUCUAGUUGUUUUGGUACUUUGAUUUUUUCUGAUUUUUAUAAGAUUCAUAAUUCAGGGCAUAUAAUUUAUUGUACUAUUAUAUAUAUAAUGAUGAAAUGUCGUGAAGUGUCCGC